AUGGCGGAACCACUCGGUCUGGAUUUGAAAUCGAAGAAGCAGCGACAACGUAGCGACUAUGUAUAUCAUGAAGAUUAUCGAUCUCGAUGGUCAGACAACGACAUGUUUCAUCAUCUGAAUAAUCCAGUAUAUGGAGUCUUGAUCGACUCUAUUAUCAAUAGUUAUCUUAUCCAGAAAUGCGGAUAUAGCACGAGCAAGUCAGAAUUCAUCGGACUGGUAGGGUCUUCGUAUUGUGAUUUCUUCGCAGAGGCGCAUUAUCCCGGAAUGCUGAAUGUGGGAUUAAGGGUUGUGAAGAUGGGGAAGAGUAGUUUGAUGUACGAGGUGGGCGUGUUUCAGGAAGGAAGUGAGCAGGUGAAGGCGGUGGGAGGUUUUACGCAGAUUUGGGUGGAGCGGAAAACGAAUCGUCCAACUGCAGAGGGCGUUCCGGCACAUGUGRGGAAGGAAUUGGAGGUCCUCCUGAAGGGCAGUGAGCAAGAUCCUGCGACCAAGUCGAAGCUUUGA